AUGCAAUCAGCUCGUGCUGCUGCUACUCGGCGCCUGCAAGCUGUGACAUCAUCUCUCACUCAUUCCACGCCCAGCAUUCAGCGAGCAUUCAGCAUGUCGCAAAAGACCCAGGAGCCCGUCAUCAACAAGCUGUCGGAUUUGCCCAUUGACGAGGCAAGAUGGAUCACGCUCAAGAAGAUUGAGUUUACCGACGAGACGGGCAAGGACCGCACCUGGGAGGUUGCCACGCGCAAGACGAGGGGCAAGGCUGGCGUCGACGCCGUGGCCAUGGGCAACAUUCUGCUGCACCCGUCCAAGCCCCCGUCCACCCUCAUCGUCAUCCAGUACCGCCCGCCUCUGGACGCAUACACGGUGGAGUGGCCGGCCGGGCUCAUUGACGCCAGCGAGACGGCCGAGCAGGCCGCCGUGCGCGAGUUCAAGGAGGAGACGGGCUACGACUGCAAGCUCCUGAGCAUCAGCCCCGUCCAGGCCGCCGACCCGGGCAUGAGCAAUGCCAACAUGCAAAUGGCCAUGGUCGAGGUCCAGCUCCAGGAAGGCGACGAGUUGCCCGAGCAGCGCCUCGAGGACGGCGAGCACAUUCAGCGCGUCAUCAUUCCCCUGUCCGAGUUCUACGACCGCCUCGUUGCCUACUCCAAGCAGGACCGCAUGAUUGUCGCUGCCAAGCUCUUUCAUUUUGCUCAUGGCAUGCACUUUGCACAGACGCAAAAGUAUUUCUAG